GUCUUUUCCUCUCAUUCAGUGCGACGUUUUAUUAAAGUUGUAAGAUGGCGACGGUGCAUUUGAGGAUCGGGGACCUAGUGUGGGGGAAGCUUGGUCGUUAUCCACCAUGGCCAGGGAAGGUAGUAAGCCCUCCUAAGGACCUGAAAAAGCCCAGGGGCAAAAAAUGCCAUUUUGUGAAAUUCUUUGGAACUGAAGACCAUGCCUGGAUUAAAGUAGAACAGCUGAAGCCCUACCAUGCCCACAAAGAGGAGAUGAUCAAGAUAAACAAAGGAAAGCGCUUCCAGCAGGCGGUGGAUGCAGUGGAGGACUUCCUAAAGAAAGCAAAGGGGAAAGAACAGAACUCGGACAGCAAAGGAGACUCAAAGGGAAAGAAGACUUCAAACAAGCCACUGAAAAUACUGGAGGAAGAUGAUGAGGAUCUCAGUGCCCUGAAGGACCCGUCUGAGAAGGACUUAACUGACUCUGACCCCGAGCCGUCCACUCUUGAGAGGCUGGGGGCUGGACCUGGCUCAGGAUUCAAAUGGGAAAGCAGUCCGGUGAAAGAUGACCCACAUUUCCAUCACUUCCUACUCAGCCAGUCUGAGAAGCCAGCAUCAUCAAUGGAACCCAUUAGCAAGCGCCUGAAGAUCAUUGAAGAGGACACAGGGUCAACAUCUAUCCAAGCAGCAGACAGCACAGCCAUCAAUGGCAGCAUCACACCCACAGAUAAAAGGAUAGGUUUCCUGGGUCUGGGGCUGAUGGGUAGCGGUAUAGUUUCCAACCUGUUGAAAAUGGGUCAUGUUGUCACAGUGUGGAACCGCACAGCAGAAAAGUGUGACCUGUUCAUCCAGGAGGGCGCCAGGUUAGGCCGGACUCCUGCAGAGGUGGCCUCCAUGUGUGAUAUCACAUUCUCCUGUGUCUCUGACCCAAAGGCUGCCAGGGAUUUGGUGUUGGGACCCAGUGGCGUGCUGCAGGGAAUCAGGCCGGGCAAAUGCUACAUAGAGAUGUCCACUGUAGACCCGGAGACCAUCACAGAACUCUCACAGGUAAUCACAUCGCGGGGCGGCCGUUUCCUGGAGGCUCCAGUGGCAGGAAGUCAGCAGCUCUCCAAUGACGGGAUGCUGGUCAUCCUGGCAGCUGGUGACAGAACCGUCUACGAGGAUUGCAGCAGCUGCUUUCAGGCCAUGGGCAAAACCUCCUUCUUCCUGGGUGAAGCAGGUAAUGCGGCGAGGAUGAUGCUGAUCCUCAACAUGGUGCAGGGCAGCUUCAUGGCCACCAUUGCAGAGGGGCUAACGCUGGCCCAGGCCACUGGCCAAUCACAGCAGACCUUCCUGGAUAUCCUGUCGCAGGGCCAGAUGGCCAGCACCUUUGUGGACCAGAAAUGCCAAAAUAUUUUACAGGGCAACUUCAAGCCAGACUACUAUUUGAAACAUAUUCAGAAGGACCUGAGACUAGCCAUCUCCAUGGGUGACAUGGCCAACCAUCCAACCCCAAUGGCUGCAGCAGCCAAUGAGGUUUACAAGAGGGCUAAGGCACUGGACCAGUCAGACAACGAUAUAUCUGCAGUCUACAGAGCCUACAUUCACUAGAGCGAGGUGUGACUUCUCCUCUGGACCACACAGUCUUUAAUCCCUUCUUAUUUCUCCCCUGUCAUGUAAUGAGGUUUUUUUGUUGUUGUUUUUUUUUGUUUUUUUUUAAAUUCUAGUUGUUUUAUUUCAUUUUGCCACAGCGCCGGCCAUGUUAGCUGCCCAAAAGUCAUGGGGUUGUAAUUCCUUUGUUAGAGGCAACCUUGAGCAUUGCACUGACUGUACUGGGGGAAUCUAUGCUGUAUGAGUGCUCCAGAUCAGGUUGUACUACUGCAAUUAGCUGUGGGGGCAGUUCUGUGGAUGCAUAAACCCUAAAGAAGAUUGUUUUUUUUUUUUUAUUCCUGUGCAAAUGUUGAGUAUAUUUAAUUGAGUGUGAUCUUUGCUUUUCUUUUAAAUGUCCAGAAUUCCACGAGAGAAAACACCAAGAACAUGCCACUGCAUUGCCUUAAUAUUGUAACCCCUCCAGUCUCUCAAUAAUAGUAUUUAUUUAUGUUUCUUUUUAGGUCUUCUUGGUGCAGUUUGGCCAUGGCUUGUUUCUGUAUUUGACAAGAUGAUUUCUGCUUUUACGUUUGUGUUAAUGAUCUUUCUUGAACAGGUUAAGGACAGAGCAACAGAUGUGUUGAGGCCUUAAAAUGCAGUAAUAAUUGAUAUUUCUCAUCAAGACUUGAGAUUUCCACAUUUGAAACCCUUUAUUCUUGUGUUUGGAAAAGUUCUCAUUUACAGUGUUUUUUUUUGUUUGUUUUUUAAUAUAUUACAAUGAAACUAGAUGAAUCCACUUUCUGAGUUGCAUUUUAACUGAACGGCAUCAUUGAGCCCCGACAUCCACGGUGUUUUUAUCAGGUAGUUAGAGAUAACAGUUGUGGCUGGGUUUUGAAGGCCAAUUUUAGACCAUCAUGGGACACAAGUACAUGAUUAAAAACCAAGCUAAUCAAACAGUUAGAUGUGGGUUAGUGGGUGGAUAGUUUCUUGACUGUCUAAGACUGAAACUGAAAUCUGUAGAAUAAAUACAACAUCUGAAGCUCUGCACACAGCA